AUGUCGGUCUCACGCGAUCAUGAUGCUGCUGACGCUUCUUUAAGACCAUUCAUCUUGGUCGCAUCGCACAAAUCCCGUUGGAGCAACUCCAGCGUCUCCUCGAAACACGAUUCGACGCAAUCUGUACGACGCAAAUCCCUCCGACGUGUUUCAGACGAGAACAUGGCGCCGAAUCCCGUGUAUCGCUUGUACCCGAACCCAUCAUCUAUGCCUCAUCGCGACAGUAUUGGCUCAGACGGACGACCAGUGAUCAGAAGAGAGCGAAGCAAGAUCAACAGCUUUGAUACCGCAAUACACUCGCCCAGCGGAACAAACGACGUCGUGAACGACGGGCGAAGUCAUGACUUUCUCGAUCGUUACAACCAUCAGCGACGAGACACAGUCCUAUCCACUGGCAUUGUCCUCAAGCAGCAACGGAGCAGCGGGAGUUCAUCCGGAUCGGAUGCAUUCGCAUUUCCUUCGGGCAAUGACGAUACCAGCCAGUCUGCUGCGGCACC